GGGCUAUGCUAAUGUUGUUGAUAUCCUGGGGCCACCCGAGUUAAAGGGGGGAAAUCCGGGGGCUGCCGCAGCCACCGCGGGUCUGGGCCCAGCCUGGGGCUCCCUGUACUCGCCGCAGUCCCGGGAGAGGCGCCUGCCCCCACCUCGGGGAGGGGGCGCCGCGGGCUCGGGGAGCACGGACAACCCCUACCCAUGAGGCCCUGAUGGAAAACACAAAGGAUCUGAGUCGGAAGAGACAUUAGAGGUCACCCAAAGCAGCCGCCCCCUCUGCAGCUUCUGACAAGUGACAGAACAUUCUUCACAGUCCAAAAGGAAAAGAAGAGACUCGUUCGGGAUGUUUGACGGCUAUGAUAGCUGCAGUGAGGACACAAGUAGCAGCUCCAGCUCUGAAGAGAGUGAAGAAGAAGUUGCUCCUUUACCUUCCAGUCUCCCAAUUAUCAAAAACAAUGGACAGGUCUACACAUACCCAGAUGGUAAAUCUGGCAUGGCCACCUGUGAGAUGUGUGGGAUGGUUGGCGUGCGAGAUGCUUUUUACUCUAAAACAAAACGUUUCUGCAGCGUUUCGUGUUCGAGAAGUUACUCGUCAAACUCCAAGAAGGCAAGCAUUUUGGCCAGACUUCAGGUAACGGGUAAGCCUCCAACAAAGAAAGCAAAAGUUCUUCAGAAACAACCUUUAGUUGCUAAACUAGCUGCUUAUGCUCAGUAUCAAGCUACCUUGCAAAAUCAAGCAAAGACAAAAGCAGCAGUUUCCAUGGAAGGUUUCAGCUGGGGUAACUACAUCAACAGCAAUAGCUUUAUAGCAGCUCCCGUUACCUGUUUUAAACAUGCGCCUAUGGGGACCUGCUGGGGUGAUAUCUCAGAAAAUGUGAGAGUUGAAGUUCCCAAUACAGAUUGCAGUUUACCUACCAAAGUCUUCUGGAUUGCUGGAAUUAUAAAAUUAGCAGGAUACAAUGCCCUUUUAAGAUAUGAAGGAUUUGAAAAUGACUCUGGUCUGGACUUCUGGUGCAAUAUAUGUGGUUCUGAUAUCCAUCCCGUUGGUUGGUGUGCAGCCAGUGGAAAACCUCUUGUUCCUCCUAGAACUAUUCAACAUAAGUAUACAAACUGGAAAGCUUUUCUUGUAAAAAGACUUACUGGUGCCAAAACACUUCCUCCUGAUUUCUCACAAAAGGUUUCAGAGAGCAUGCAGUACCCAUUCAAACCUUGCAUGAGAGUAGAAGUGGUUGAUAAAAGGCAUUUAUGUCGAACACGAGUGGCAGUGGUGGAAAGUGUAAUUGGAGGAAGAUUAAGGCUAGUGUAUGAAGAGAGUGAAGAUAGAACGGAUGACUUCUGGUGCCAUAUGCACAGCCCCUUAAUCCACCACAUUGGUUGGUCUCGAAGCAUAGGUCAUCGAUUCAAAAGAUCUGAUAUUACAAAGAAACAGGAUGGACAUUUUGAUACACCACCACAUUUAUUUGCUAAGGUUAAAGAAGUAGACCAAAGUGGGGAGUGGUUCAAGGAAGGAAUGAAAUUAGAAGCUAUAGACCCAUUAAAUCUUUCUACAAUAUGUGUCGCAACCAUCAGAAAGGUGCUAGCUGAUGGAUUCCUGAUGAUUGGGAUCGAUGGCUCAGAAGCAGCAGAUGGAUCUGACUGGUUCUGUUAUCAUGCAACCUCUCCUUCUAUUUUCCCUGUCGGGUUCUGUGAAAUUAACAUGAUUGAACUUACUCCACCUAGAGGUUACACAAAACUUCCUUUUAAAUGGUUUGACUACCUCAGGGAAACUGGCUCCAUUGCAGCACCAGUAAAACUGUUUAAUAAGGAUGUACCAAAUCAUGGAUUUCGUGUAGGAAUGAAAUUAGAAGCUGUAGAUCUCAUGGAGCCACGUUUAAUAUGUGUAGCCACAGUUACUCGAAUUAUUCAUCGUCUCUUGAGGAUUCAUUUUGAUGGAUGGGAAGAAGAAUAUGAUCAGUGGGUAGACUGUGAGUCCCCUGACCUCUAUCCUGUAGGGUGGUGUCAGUUAACUGGAUAUCAGCUACAGCCUCCAGCAUCACAGUCAUCAAGAGAAAGCCAAUCGGCUUCAUCAAAACAGAAGAAAAAGGCUAAAUCACAGCAAUACAAAGGACAUAAGAAAAAGAGGAAGAUGCCAGUUGGGAAGAAGCCUGUCAUUUUGUCGAGCCUGCCCAUGACAGGCGGGGUGCGGAGGAGCUUCUCUGGUGACGAAGAGUUGACUCCUCCUCCAUAUGGAACCCUGCCAGGACAGACAACCCCUGAGGCCUUCCCACCUCCCAGCACUAGCCAAGAGUUCAGGCCCAGCCUCAAAACAGGUAACUAGUCACGGCAGCACCACAGGUACUACAGAGGGUGAAGUGCUGGGCAGGGUGGUGGGAGAUAAAGCAUGGUCUGGUGUGAUGACAGGUGCUGAAAGUUUUCUUUUUUUAACUAAAAACAUUCAUUCUCACUAGUCCUUGAUAGUCACUUCACAAAGAAAAAUCAUCAGGAAAGGAAUUUUUGUUACAAAACUCUCAUGAGCUUCAAAUUAGGGUAAUUCAAAUUAUGUCAUUUUAGCUUAUAGAGUUGUGAGGCAACUAUAUUUCCUGGUUCUGUUGAAAUGAUUGAACAUUGCAGAAUUCUGUAUGACUGGACCUUGGACAGAGAGAAGUCAUGAAGGGUCUACCUGAUUCCUCAGAUUCAAAAUGAGUCUUUCUUCAUAACACCCCACCAUAGUGUCUCAUUCCUGGAAAUGCGUGCUUUGAGUUCUAGAGUAAUUUGGGGUUUGGUAGUAACAUUUGCCAUGAUCUUAACUGAAUAACGUAGAUUUGGAAAUAUACGUGUAUAAUCUUGGUCUUGAAUUUGAAAUUAUCCAUAAUUUUGUGUCUCUUGUCUGUAUAGUGAUUAAUUAGGUAAAUGGCAUUUGAGGUAAUAGAUGAUAAGGAAGACCUUUUCCAGAAGGCUUUGUCCUUUGUAAUUAAGAACAGAGGUGGUAUCAUCAUAGGGUGUAAAAAGGUUCACUUUUAUAUGGUGAACUUUAGAUAAGAGUCCAGAUCCUAUUGCUUCAAAGCCAAAGUUAUAUCUACUUGUCAUAUGUUCUACUAUAGCUUAGCUAUUGCUUUUAAACUAAAUUUUUUAUCCGAUCAGUAUUCUUUUAAAUGUCUUUUUGUAUGUUGAAAAUCUAGAUGGUACUUAAUGCCUUGCUGUUUUCUUCUCUUGUGCUUACUAAUAUUUUUGCACCUGGCGUUGUCAGCCUUUUUGUUUUUGUAUGUGCCAUUUUAGGCACAUGUGUUCUUAGUUUUACAUCUUUCACAGUAUGUUAGGUCCUCUUGCUCUUUACCAGUCUGAUUUUCUGAAGAUCAUUCUGAUAUCCUUACAUCUGAGGAAAUCGCGAUACUCUUAUAUGAAAAACAGAUUAGUAUUACAAAUCCAAAGUUAUCUGCUCGUUAAUGGAAAAAUCUUUAAAGAACAUUCCAGUUUCUUUUCAUGUUCAACUUUUUUCUUUUUAUACUUUCUAUAGUCCUACCUAGUUAAAUAUCAUGAGUUCUGAAUAUGUUUGAACAUUUAUUGGAUUUUCAGUGUAUUUUCUUUAAACAGACUAAUUAUGGAAGCAUGUGUCAUGUCUUGCAAGAAGUUCUUACUGAUUCAUGUUAAACAGAACAUGGCUUCUGGGAUUGGCAAAACCCAAGAAAUUAGAAUGGACAUGCUAGAUGGAACUCCAUGGACUCCUUUCUGUAUGACAUCCUCCUUUGUCUAGUGUCUGUCAGGUCUUCUGAACUGGCGUUACACCUGUGUCAUGUGGUAUGAUUUUAUUCUUAGGGGCUGCAUUGCUACUUAUGUAUGUGAAAACUACAUUUGACUAACUUGAGUUUAUGAUUUUUGGACUUUGUAGCUGAGAAAAUGACAUUUCCAUUAGUUUAUCACCUGAAAUGUUAGUGAUUAGUGUCAACAAAGUGACUUCCUUUUAAAGUGGGGCUAAGGAAAAGUAUAUGUAUAGAAAGUGAUAUUCAGCCACAUAGUCUGCUGUACUCCAUCCAUCAUUCAUUGAGAAUAAGUCCUGGAAAGGAGAACUGGUUCAUGUGAACAUACCCAAACAGGCUUUAUUUUGGGUUCCAUGAAAACAAACUUUGCAUUAAGACAUUCCACAUUGGAGUGAAUGUUUCACCCUUACCUUGAGUGAUUUUUUUUAAGCAUGUCACUUCCAUAUUUUGCCAUGACUAGAAGCCUAACUCAGAAAUGUGUUGUUAGUUGUAAAUGCAUCUAUCUUCAGGAUGUGCUUUAGAAUCUCAGCUUACAAUAAAAAAACCAUCUGUUUGAAUGAAACAUGUUUGAUCUUAAAGCACGAUG